AUGUCGGGAAUCGAUCCAGCUGCCGUUACGAGGCAGCAGGAUGAUAUUUGGUCAUCACGGGCGGGAUACCUCAAGUACUACCUCACCUCCCGCCAUGGCUGGAUCGGAGAUUACGAUUACCUCUACCUCAUCACGCCUAGCAUUUGGCCAUUCAAUCAGCAAUACCAAGAUCGCUUGCCGCCCUUCUACGGCUUGAACGAUGAGGUCCCCAUUCUGCUCACUCUACUGCUCGGACUGCAGCAUGCGUUGUGCAUGGUAGGCUCCAUCGUUUCGCCACCUCUCGCAGUUGCCGGCAUCUUGACCUUGGAUCCCGCGCUCACAGCAUAUCUCGUCUCGGCAUCGUUCAUCACGACGGGCGUUGCAACGGCUUUGCAGGUCACGAGAGUGCAUAUUGCCAAGACGCCCUUUUUCAUCGGCACGGGUCUACUAUCUGUUGUUGGUCCGACCUUUGACAUCCUGGCAAUUGUGAUCAGCUAUGCUGCUUUACGAUACGACAACGGGGCCUGUCUCGUCGAUGCGGAAGGUUCGCGGUUGGCGUGUCCGGCUGCUUGGGGAAAUGUCCUGGGCACCAUGCUCUGUACAGUUUGGACUCAGAUCGUGAUGUCGUUAGUCCCGCCAAAGACGCUCAAUCGACUGUUUCCGAAGAUGGUGACUGGGAGCUUGCUGCUCAUGGUUGGUGUGUAUCUCAUCGGAAAUGGAAUGCAGAAUUGGGGAGGGAGCUCCAAUUGCAAUGGCGGAACGGGAUUCUACGAGCUUUGCCCGAGUAUUGACGCGCCGAAGCCAUUGCCUUGGGGCGAUCCGAAGCUUAUUGGCCUCGGCUUCAGCGUUUUCAUAACCAUUAUACUAGUGGAGGUCAUUGGCUCACCUUUGAUGAAGUCGGCCUCGGUGGGCAUCGGACUUGGUGUCGGUUGCGCGAUAUCAGGUGGCACAGGGUAUUGGGCUCGCUCAACAAUCGACGAGGCUCCUGUCGUGACAUUCCUUUGGGUGCACACAUUUCGACUCUCGGUAGAUGGCACAUUGGUACUGCCUCUGAUGAUCAUGUUCGCGUGCCAAGCAGUCAGCUGCAUGCCAGAUAUACUUGCUACAGCAGAAAUCAGCGGAGUCGAAAUCGAAGGCACCCAGUUCAACAGCCGUAUACAGGGAGGAAUUCUAUGCGAUGGCUUGGGAAGUUUCUUCUCGGCUCUUGGCACAGGUCUGCCAAUGGUAUCCCAAGCGGGAAACAAUGGAGUAAUUGUGCUGACAGGAUGUGCAUCACGACGAGCAGGCUGGUGUGCCUCCGGCAUACUCAUUUUGAUGGGUGUAUUUGGAAAAUUUGGCGCCCUCUUUGCAUCCAUGCCCGCUUCUGUUCUGGGUGGGAUGCAAGUCUUCUUGUAUUCGACUAUUACGGUGGCUGGGUUGCGAGUCCUGUCUCUGAUCGAGUGGACGAAGAGGAAUCGGUUUAUCCUCACUGCUGCUCUGGCGAUCGGGUUUGUCGAUAUCGUCCAGCCGACGUGGUUCAAGCAGGUGCUGGCUUACGAGGGUUCGAAUCAUCAGCUGGCCGGGCUUUUGCAGGGCGUGAAUCUGAUCGUGGAGACGCCAUUCAUCAUCUGUGCAGUGAUUGCAACAGCUCUGAAUUUGCUCUUGCCACGCGAGCGAGCGAGUGCAACUGACUCAUUUCGGAGUGCGGAAAUGGUGAUGUCGAGAUGAGAAAUUAUAAGAUAUAUCUUGGCGCUGUGUGUCCGGUUGUGACUGUGUAGGAGGUAGGUAGGGUGGUGCAUGUGGAGGCC